CGGGCGUGGCGGCUCACGCUGGGUAUGUUCGUCGACCCUGAGCGUGUGCCCGGCCACUCUGGGGAUGACAGCUCCGGCUUCCCUGGGGCCUGGGCAGGUGGCGAAUACCGACAAUGCCAACUACAACAGCAUCGUUGCUGGGCUGAAGAACGUCUCCCAUCGGGGGGAUUCGGUAGAUUUGUCCACCUUCCGCCUGGACCAGCUGCUGCCCAGCCCGGCUAACCUGUCCCGCUAUUACCGCUACACCGGUUCGCUGACCACACCGGACUGCAACCAGAACGUCCUCUGGACCGUCUUUGAGGAGCAGGUGUCCAUCGGCCGCCUCCAGCUGGACCUGUUUGUGAGCACGGCCCUGUCCAGCGCUCCCGGUGACCCCCCCGUCAGAAUGAUCAACAACUUUCGUCCCACCCAGCCACGUCGGGGCCGCCCGGUCCUGGCUUCGCGGGAUGCCACAGUCAGCGCCGCGCCCCCGUCCGCACCCCCGCCCCUGGCUCUGCUUUCUGCUCUCUUGGGCCUGCGGCUUGUGCUGGGCUCCUAGGGGCCGGGACUGGACCCCACCUGUCUUUCGUCCCCGUCCCCCCCCCCCACUCUCCCAACCGUCUCCUUCCCAUCCCCAGCUGCUACAGUCCCCGACCCCUGAGCCUCAUCCGAAGGUUUGGACUCUGGCGGAUUCGGCCUUUAGUGGUGACGAUGACCUGUUUUUAACUAUUUCUCCACCUCCCACUUCCCUCCCCAUAACAGUGCUCUCUACUCCCUCAUCACUGCCCAUCCACAGGACUCCCCUGCCCCACAGGGCUCUCCUGGGGCUCACCGGCAGAGCGGAAUAAAGCACCGAUCCCAUCAC